CUGUGCUAGAUCAAUAAUGGUGUGCCUUAUAAUGUUGUUUGGGGUGAUGCUGAUUCUGGGUGGUUUCCAAUCAUCGAAGGGAUAUGAUCAGGUACAGUCGAAGCAUGUUACCGUCAGGAUCUUAGAUGACGCGGGAAACGGUGCUGAUGUAGGUGUUGAUGUUGUGACAAUGGACACUCUUGCUCCUCCAAAAACAAAGAUACAAGAUCGACGUGAGGAGAACUAUGAUGAUCUGGCAGGUGAAGAUAAGUCAGAUUUUGAGCAAUUGCAAGGUUCGGGGUUAGCUGAAGGUAAUCGUGAUGCAGCUGGCAUACAUAUUAUGACUACGGAAUCAUUGUCAGACAUUCAAGCUAAUCAGAAGCCUGAACAGAACUCUAUCAUCGUUGUGCCUGAAGCAGGUGACAAUGCCUUCCCGGAAAAAGCUGGCGAUUUACGGUCAAAAGCUACUGCGUCCAACUCGGAAAAGGAUUUAGCUGUUGAAACGAAAACCGAAAAUUCGAUAACGGGAAGUUCGAUAGCUACGCCUUCUGUGGAAAAUACCUCGACUGAUUGGAAAGAUAAACAGACGGUGACUGUGUUCAACACCCCUGCAUUAAGUGACAGUACCGCUGUAGAUGUGACUACUCAUAACACUAGAAGGAUUACUACCGCCAACAAGGAUGCGUAUUCGGCUGUUGAGGCCUAUACGAGAAACCCGGUAGUGGGAAACCUUUACGGAAAGGAUCAAAGGACGUCAAAGAAUAAUGCCUCGACCCGUAUUUGGUUUGAAACUGCCGUUAGACUUGAUGUUGAUCAACGUGUCAAUAGAUCAUUGUACUGCUGCGGCGGAACGUCCCUGCGGAGUACGGUUGAGACAAUCAUGACGUUUCCCGCGUUAAUACGUGAGGUAUCAUCGACUGGCAAGAUCAAAAAACAAAAAUGUUGGGGUUGUGGCAAGUUUAAGAUAAAUUCAAUCACUUGCAGGGUGCCCAGGCGGAGCUAUGAAACGAAGCCACCACGAGCUGAGGAAAUUACUUUUUUCGAAUCCUUGGAUUGGCAGUGCCACUCGCCUAGAGGUGAUCUCGAUACAAAUUACAAGCACAACUUAAACAUAACCUGUACGGUAAUUAAGCUUAAUGGUGACUUAAACGUCUGUGUGCAUCAAGCAUUAAACUGACAGUGGAAACGCCCUGAUGCGUAUGAAAUACGACAGAACGCGCCUUAGGUCGUAACACCCUCUGGGCGGGUGUAGCCUUAUCGACGAUGCAACCCCAACAGUUCGUCCUUCUGGGCACCACCUCGGUGGAACGCUGGAGCGAACAACUCGAUCUUUCGUUAGACGCAGAUGCUCUUACAAUUCUUACCGAAGACUUGAACUUCCGACUUCGGCAGCUUGCCCACGACGCCUCACAACACAUGCGUCAUUCUGGUCGUCGGCGAAUUACGCCAAACGAUAUCGAUCGAGCACUACAGUGGUGCAAUUUCGGACCAUCGUGUGGCCUAGGAUGUCGAACUAGUACUGAGCAGACUGAUUACGUUCAGAUAGACGACAUGUCGGUGCCAAUUUUUAAAAGUAUUGAAGUCGAAAACGCAUUGGACGUCCGGUUAGAUCUCGAUGUUGAACCUGUAUUGCCAGCCUGUCUCAGCCAAUGGGCACUUGUCGAUGGCCGGGCACAACCGGGUGUCGAAAUCGAAUAUCCUGAAGGACAGCGGAAAUUGGACGCCUUCACCUCAGUACACUCGGAGUAUCUUGAGCAGGCUGUGCAGGCGAUCAUGUCGGAUAGCGAUGAAGCGACAGCGCUAAUCAUGGACGACCUUGCCUCAAACCCGAAUCUAGCCGUUCUGCUACCCUCGUUAUUGAACUCGAUCAGCGUCGGACUUCGGCAAUAUCAUCACGACCCGCCAAGGAUGUUCAGGCUGCUUGGAGCGUUUAAGGCUCUCGUCAAUAAUGACUAUUUGUUGAUGACCAGCAGCGCUUCACUGCAGGCGUGUCUCCAAAUCUUGUACUACUGUCUACGUGAGUCACUAGCAAUGGAAGCGACGGAAACGACAGACGAGCUCACUUUUCGAAUGAAGGCGGCGUACGUGAUGCAGUUCUUUGUCGAGAUGAACUCGAAUUCGACAAAUCGUCUCGAGGAGGAGGUCACCGCUAGAUGCAUGAACGACUGUUUGACAGGCAAUAUCGACGCAAUGUAUGGGGCCCUAUUCACUCUUCGCCUUCUUGGAAAAGGACGGCUGGUCUUAAAAGAGCUACCUGCACUAAUAGCUGUUAUCGAACCGCUUGAGCAGUUGCCUGCUGCAUCUGCUAAAGCAUGCCUUGCUCGUGGCUUUCUUCAUGAAUUCGCUCGGCAGGAAAUUGUGCAGGCGCAGACAGCCAUUCUACACAACGAACGCUACGAAGUCGACUACUCAGCCAUUGAACAGUACCUUGGACCGAGUAUCGCGGCAAUGCUGCAUCCUUUAAGUAUAGGUGAAUUCUUGUUCAGACCGGCCAGAAGUUCGCCGUUAGCUGAAAACGACAACUCUUCCGACCAAUUGCUUGGGUCAUUCUACGAAGAUUCCACCCAGACUGUUCACAGUGGCUCACCAAAGAAGCAACCACGUCUCAAACCAUCGAGUAGCAUACUGAGAUCACAGCUGAUAAAACGAUCGCCAAACGCUCCAUGUUCGAGUAUUUACGAAGCGUUUGAGAUGAGCCGUCUGUGUGGACAACGCAUCCGAUUUAACUACGGCCAGCCAGUUGUCACGAUGGAAAGGCCGAAACCGGUGACUCUUCACGAGGUGCACGCCAAGACGCGAGCGAAGUUUGCCGCCAUUGUUGCCAAGCAACAUGGACUAACGCCGAAUAAGAGGCUUAUGAUGAACCGAGAAAGAAGAUCGUGGUCGGCGAUUAUGCGAUCUGCCUGUGUUGCACUCGUUCUCUAGUCGGAAUCUCUGUCGGUGAAGACGCAGACCUGCGAAUCUGAUUUUCACAAAAUCCGCACCAUAAACUCUUACUUAAUAGCUCAACAAAUGGCGAAAAGUGUUCGAACAGAGAGGCUGGCUCUGCAGAGAACUCGCGUCCAAUUCAGCAUGCAAGAUUGUUAGAAGACUGGUAAUAUUGCCAAUAUUUAUCGUACGCGAUGUAUUGAAAAUACUAUAGCGGACAACGAGGGUGGCGGCGGAAGUUCCGCAACAAAGACAUAAAACCAAUACACAAUUAGAGUUCUACUGAUAGUAACGAUGAAAUAACGAUGAUGUAAGGCUGUACAGUAUUUUCGAUUUGUAUGCAACCAGUGACGGAAAUGUAUAAUUUGUAUUAUAUAUACAUAUAAUUACACAUAUCUAUAUGGAAUCUAUAACGGAUCGUAUUAUAGAUGAUAGCUCAGAAAUGUACAACAAUGGUUAAAUUAAAUUUACAUUGCUUUUUUUUCCAUGCGUGAUGGCUUUCACCCAGGCUCUUCGUUGCACCGAAUACGAUUGUUUUUUUUUAUGUUUCGCGGUAUUAAUUGGCGUUUGAUAUCAUCAAUUUGACUAGACGCGUUCGUUAUUGUGUCGCAGUGUGUGCCAAGUGUGUUAGGUGUUGGGAUAGCGUUCGGAGUAAACACAUUGGACUUAUAUACAUUUAAUUAUUAUACGAAAGUUUUGUUACUCGGCACAGAGACUCACUUUGAGCUGUUUUUGCAUGUAGUUGAAUUUGUAAUAUUACUGUAUAAUUAGAGUAAGCUAUCUACGUCCUGUCAUGUUCGUAAGUUAUUUUUUUUCAUCGUUUAAAGGAAGUAAAUGAUGGUAAUCGUAGCAGUGUUAUCUGGGUGGGACAGGAGUACUUGUAACGGUAAGUUCGCAAUCGUAUUGCACGCACAGAACAUGAGCAAGAAAGAUUAAAUUCACUCGUUGUUAAUUAAUUUCCUUCCGUCGGUCGUGCAAUAUACGAAUUUCUCGUAUUUUUAUUUCAUGCAUCCUGCAAAGCAAUUUUCAUGUAGGAAUCGACCAUUGACCAGAGCUAUGGUCAGGGGGACGGGAGAAAGAAUUACAGUACUGAUCGUUUACGUACGUGCCGAUACGUAAUAGCUACACAUUGACUACGUAUACUGUGAUGCCUGCGCUGUGUCAGUUAUCCAACCGUAAAAGUGUGCAUCUCGGUGGUAAUUGCCAUUAAGGACGUGUCAUCUCUACUGCGAUCAUGGAAACCGCACUUCGUUUUACGUUCGUUAGAUCCCGACGAGUCAGUUGAUGAUUUCAUUUCCGUCGGGUUUGUCAGGUUGACACAUAAAUAUUCCGACGAGUUUCUCCUGUUGUUUCUACCACAAAAUCCGUCUCCAAACGGAGAUGGCUUUUUUGAUUCUGUGGAGGUCAUCGAUAAUAAAAAUCUAAUCUACUGCAACAAAGAUGCGAGAAUUGUCGUAUUGAUGGUCUGUAUCGCAAGAACAUAUUAUGGCGAUAUUGUGGACACACGGUAUAGUAAAUAUAAUCUGUAACGACGAUAAACGUACAUUGAAAACGUGUUACAGUUUAGCGUACAACGUGUUGCUGAUAAAUGUUGCGAUGAAAACAGUUACUGCGACUGUUUUAGUUCGUUUGAGAGGUAGAAUGCUUAUUUAGUGUGAAAUUUUGUGUAGGAUUUUAUAAAGGAUUUGACUGGCAGGAUCUCUAGUAAUACAGAGUGUGAGAAAUCCAUAACAAUUUCCUUCGCUUUUGGGAGCGAUGCAAUGAUAUUAUAUAUUUUUUAAGACUAAAACAACUAUUCUACACGGAGACGAACCGGCGAUAUCAAGCACGAUGCCAGAAACUCACAAAGCGAAAACCAGGAAAAAACUUCUCCUCGCAAGUUUUUUUAACCUGUUUCUAACCAGUCUUUCAUAGCUGACUUCCAGCAAUUUUCUUCCUGUAGUGGGUCCCGGUACGACGUGUAACAAUGCUGCGAGACUUCUUCAAGCGAGCAAUGCAAUAUAAUUAGAAGAUCUAACAGGAGCACUGGUUAUGAUUUCCAUCGUUUUUGCUAUUGCACGAUUGUUUACUAGAUGUUCUAAGCAUGCUUAUGCCUAGAUUCAAAGUAACACCACGUUAAUUUUCCUACUGACUAAUAGACGCGUCAUCAUUAUAUUAUUUGGGGGAACAACAGCAAAAGGUUUCGGCAGCAAUCUUCCCAUUUAUGUCGACAUGUAUUAUAAUUAGGUAAUGGCUUGUAACUGUGCUCUUCUCAAAACGUGCUUGCCUGGGCCAAUCAUGUCGUUCCAAAUACUCACGUUGUCUUAAAAUAGGUUAGGUAAUAGAAAUAUUAAAUAUUAUAUUAUUGGCCCUACUCUCUUCCAGUGCGCGCUAGAAGGAAACGUUACUUAUCUGUCGAAUGGGGCAGCUGGCUACUAGCAACCUGUUUCAUCUUCCUAAGCAAAGCACUGUAUUAUGUGCGACCUAGGUAUCAUGAAAUAGAGGGAUGCCGAGAACCGGAGAUUAAAACGGUGCCUCUAUGAUCACAUUGUUGCUGGGAUCCAAGACUAAAAUUUAAUUCUAGAUUAAGGAACAACUGAUCUUCUUUGGUUUAUUUCAAAUAAAACGUGUACUCCAUGCGCAGUACCACAUCGUAAGCAAGUCCUCAUUUUUACAGAUAGAGAUUUAGUCGUCUUAGCCACCGAGACGAAUAUGUGCUGUGUGUGAAAUAAAGGAAAGAUGUUCUAAUGGAGGAAA